UCCGAUGGUGAUGACAGCACUCUCUGCCAUUAUCCUGGCAGGACUGAUCGGUUCCCUCUCUGCCUCUGAAGGUGAGCAGGAGGCCGUGAGGUUCGAGUGUGUUUGUGAGCAUGGCUAUUGUAAAACGGAGACUUGUAGCGGAGUGCAGUGCUUUGUUUCGGUCGACAGCCGGAUUCCGGGUCAGAUUCGGAAGGGCUGCCAUCCAUAUCAGGAUCUACCCUGUGAAUAUUCGUGGCCUCACCUCCGCAUCGUGUGCUGCAAAGGGAACUUGUGCAACCGCAAUCUCACCUUGCAAGAGGAGAAAGACCCUCCGAAUCCAUCCAAUAAUGUCAGUGAUGUGACGCUGAUGAUCGUGCCGAUCGUGGUGGUGGUGGGAGUCCUGGUUAUCUUACUGCUGCUGAUCUACCAGAAGUACUGCAGAUACCAAAUCGUCCCAAUCUUCAGGAAGAGCAAACAGCAAAACCCGGCAGAGAUGUCGCGAGUACCUGAGCUCGGAGACAACACGUUGACUGACCUGUUCGAUCAUUCCUGCACAUCGGGGAGUGGAUCUGGGCUGCCCUUCCUGGUCCAGAGAACUGUGGCCCGGCAGAUCGCACUGGUCGAGUGCGUAGGGAAAGGUCGCUACGGGGAGGUGUGGAGAGGUGUGUGGCAGGGGGAAAACGUGGCCGUCAAGAUUUUCUCCUCAAGGGACGAGCAGUCCUGGUUUCGAGAGACCGAGAUCUACAACACGAUGCUGUUGCGACAUGACAAUAUUCUCGGGUUCAUCGCCUCGGACAUGACGUCACGGAACUCGAGUACCCAGCUCUGGCUCAUAACGCGCUACCACGAGAACGGCUCGCUGUACGACUACCUGCAGUGUAACACGGUCGACACAGAGGGCUGCCUGAGACUCGCGCUGUCCAUCAUCAGCGGCCUGGUCCACUUGCACGCGGAGAUCAUUGGUACGCCCGGCAAGGCCGCCAUCGCCCACCGAGACCUCAAAAGCCGAAACAUUCUCGUCAAGAGAAACAAACAGUGUUGCAUCGCAGACCUAGGCUUAGCAGUCAUCCACUCCCAGAGCAAUGACUUCCUGGACGUCGGAAACAAUCCCAAAGUCGGGACCAAGCGCUAUAUGGCUCCGGAGGUGCUGGAUGAGACAAUCCGCACCAACAGCUUCGAGUCAUAUAAAGCGACAGACAUCUGGGCAUUCGGUCUUGUACUGUGGGAGAUUGCAAGGAGAACUUCGAUAAACGGUAAGCGAGCUUGUGAGAGUGCUGUCGAAACAGCAAUUAAGCAACAAACUCAGCCCCCAAACUCUCCUGCUGUUCAAUUCCGACUGAACCCGUAACAAAGAAUUGUAAUGUUUACUUUUGAAUUUUAUUUUUCUACUUUGUACUAAAACCGAACUGUGGUGAUGAAACCUUUUAGCUUAGAUUACAUUACAUAAUUUUUAGUGUUGUAUUUUUCUCUGCUUGUACCUAGGACUUUGCACUUUUGGCACCGGGAAUGGUGACACU